GGCGGGCCAAUGGGCGGCCGCUGCCCCUGAACCCACGUGUCCCCCGCCGUUCGCUACACGCACUGCCACACUCACUCCGUUUGUAGCGGGCUUUAGUAGCGUGUAGACAUGGACGGACAGAGCCAGCAAACCUCCGCAAACAGCCCCAGCGAGGAAGCAAAUGACCCAGGGAAAAUGUUCAUAGGGGGGUUGAGCUGGCAGACCACAGCAGAUAGCCUUAGAGAAUACUUUUGCAAGUACGGGGAAAUCAAGGAAUGUAUGGUCAUGAAAGACCCGGUCACCCGUAGAUCGAGAGGUUUCGGAUUCGUGACUUUCAGGGACCCUGCUAGUGUAGAUAAAGUGUUAGCCGUUAGCAAGCAUGAGCUAGAUUCAAAAACGAUCGACCCUAAAGUCGCUUUCCCCAGAAGAGCACAACCCAAGAUGGUCACAAGAACCAAGAAAAUCUUUGUCGGAGGCCUGUCAGCAAACACUGUAUUAGAAGAUGUCAAGAAUUACUUCGGCCAUUACGGAAAGAUAGAGGACGCCAUGCUGAUGUUCGACAAGCAGACCAAUAGGCAUAGAGGUUUUGGAUUUGUAACAUUCGAGAGCGAAGACAUUGUGGACAAAGUGUGCGACAUCCACUUCCACGAGAUCAACAACAAGAUGGUGGAGUGUAAGAAGGCUCAGCCGAAGGAGGUGAUGUUCCCGCCGGGGUCGGCUCGCGGCCGUGCCAGGGGAGCCUUCGGAACCUGGCCGGAUCUCGGUGAGAGUUUCCUAUAUCUCCUGCACCCAGAAAUUGUUAGGGAAGACGGAAUCCAAGCCGGCGUCUAUCCGAACUUUGCCUACGGUCGCGGCUACCCGUUUGCACCAGGAUACGGAUAUGGCUUCCCUGAAAGUGGCCAUUUCGUGUUCCCCACAGGGUUCCCGGCCGCGGCUUACGGACCCCCCGGCAGGGCCAGCCCUCGCGGCGCCCGCGGACGCGCAGGCAUCAUGGGAUACCCCGGAACAGCAGGCUUCCCUGAUUACCAGUAUAUGGGCCCGGGGGACCAGCGCGCCUAUUUUGCGGAUUACGGUAGCGUUGGUCCGGCGCUGAGGCCCGCCGUGGCCCAGACUGAGCCGGCCCGUGUGACUAGCUCGCCCAUGCACCAGGAGUACAAGCUGUUGAACAGCUAUGCCACCCAGGGCUUCGCGCCGCCCGCCUCGCCAGCCAACAGCCGCGGCUUCCCGCCGGCGAACAGCCCGGGGCCGAUCGACAUGUACGGCGGGACCACCAGCCAGGCGGACACCGUCAGCAGCUACGUGGCGCAGGCGGCAUCCCCGCAACCCUCCGGGUUCUCCAUCGCUCCCUCCUCGGGUCACUUGAUAGCUGCGGCGUUUCAAAACGGCUACCAUUGAGCCAACUUGGCAAACGACUAUGAGGGAUUUGGGAAUUCCAACUAUGCCGGGAUGGUGGGCAACCCUCGCAACUUCUGACAGUUCGUGUCGUCAUGACAACGGUCUCCGGGGGCAACCAUCUCCACGGCGACCAUCCCUCGUAGUCCGGCUUGCCUGCAGAAGCAAGACGAAGAUUUUUGCUGUGUGCUUGUGGUUUUUGAAGAUGACUUUUUCCAAUUUUGGCUCCGUUUUUGUCGGUCAGCAUGUUUAGCGCUGCCUUGUACAUAACGAACGAGCUUUCUUCAUUAUUAUUAUUUCAUUAUUUUUGCUGUAUUUGCUUCAUUGCGAGAAUUCCUUAAUUUUAAUGCUACUUAAUUUUUGUCAUCUUCUUUACAUAUUAAUUCAUGGUAGUUGAUGUAUUAGGGUUUUAUCUAUGAUAAGUAUGAAUCCACUUAACCACAUUUAUGCUUUUUAACUGUAGUGAGGUAUAUUCGUAGUGUCCGUUGCUGUGCUUUUACUCAUGUAUUUUCCUAGUCACUUUACCGUACCACGGCCAGCCCAAACUAAACUCCAGAUGUGGUUCCUCUAUUUUUUGUACGCAAGAGCAAAGUGCUCCUAGUGUGGGAGACCUGACCCUACCCAUGGCUGACGAAUGGCACGCUCCACCCUCUAGAAAACGGACCGAUCCAAAGACAUUACGGGGGGUCGCAAACAUUCCACGUCUGCCCCCCUCCCACAUUGUCUGAUAUGCAAAUUUAUGCUAAUGAUGGAAAUUGACCGGUGGAAACGUAGGUCCUUUCGAACCGAAACGAUUUAAUGUCAGCGGACCGGGGGAGCAUUCUGGGUAAUUGCAAAGCACCAUGGGAACAUAACGGCCUGGAAACUUGAAGCAUGAUGGGACAGCGUGGGUCAGAGGUCAGGUUUUUCUCCCACAGGGCAUUUAGCGGGCAGCAACUAGUGAGAUUCAUCCACAUUCACCGUCUUAGUUUUGUAAUAUAAGUAGAAGUCGAGGAAAAGACUGUCUUGUAUUGGAGGUCUAUAUUUUGGAACUUUCGAAGUGAAAUGCUUUAUAUUUCACAGUUUGAUGUUGUAUUCCAAGCUGUGGAUGUGUACCUAUGUAAAUUUUGAUGAAUUAUGAUAAUAUCUGCUAUCGAAGCCUAUUUGAACAUCUAUCAGGUCACCGUGUACAGUUGGUAUCUGAGGUUGAGAGGAGACAAUAGUUGCUAGCUUGUAUGUGGAGUGGCUAGAGAUAGACAGUACCACAGAGGCCUCAAGUCACCUGGUAGCAGACUCUGUAGGCUGUGUUCUUCCUGACUUAGACCCUGACCACCCCUCCACUCUCAUGAUAGUUGGUACAACCCAGUCAUAAGAAGUCCGCGGCAGACCGCUCAACUUCCACUCAGGGGAUGGUAGUGUGUUUGGUGCAACAUCAGUCUCCACAGGUGGCAUUUUUACACAACAAAUCAUUAAUUUUAACCCUUCCCCCCUUUUUUUGUUGCGAACGUGGCGCGAACCAGCCACACACAAGAGAUGUGUUUUGGGAGGUACCAACUGGUGGAGAGGGGACGGGGGGUGUAAACUAUGGUGAAGGCGCGAGGCACGUUAGGUGCCGCGUGGUAGGGAAAGUGCAGAAAGGUGCAGAGAGAAAAAAGAGAAAAGGUUACAUGAAAGAAAAAAUUGAUGCAAAAAACGGCCUCAGCUGCUAUUUCAGUGUUGUCAUACCCCCAUCCCUAAAUUCUUAAUUAAGAACUUAAAAACAAAAGAGAGUAAAAAAUUAGUCUACAUGGCCUACUUGGUUUUUUCACUGUACUUGUUGCCCCCCUCCCCCAUUUAGAAUACCUAGCUACGAUUUGACCUUCCAUUUUUGACCUUCCAUCUUGUUCCAUAAGAAUUUUAUGUGAUGUCCAUAAAAACAAAACAGUGAGUCAGGAGCCGCCCCCCCCGCAAGAAAUGGAACGGCCCAUCCGACAAGAUUUUUGUGCCCAGAAAACGAUAACAAACACCUCAGGAACUUGUUUUGUUUGCAAAAAAAGAACACGAAGAUAAAAUCCAACGACCAUGUUUUGUGACCUCUAGAUCUCUCUCCGUCCGACCUUUCCUGUCGGGGGGGCGGCUCCUCACACGACCUUCAAUGUUGCCUUCUGGGAAUUGCGUUGGGCGCUUCCGUACGUCCGAAUUCCGAACACGUGUGUCUGUUGCAGUGACGGAAAGUGCUGGGAGGGUUAAAAACUGACUGUUUCUGAGUUAGUUUCUGAAAACCGCACCACGGAUUAUGCAACGGCAGCCAGACAGACGUACAAGUAAAACGUUAGACGCAGGCCACAGGGAAAACCGAUACGUAGUGAGGCUAGACUGUAGAAGGUAGCAUCGCAAAAACGAUCUACGGUGCAAAGACCAAAGGAUGUACCUUCCAGAGGGGAGAGAGAAAUUAUGAACUAUUUUUGACUUGUGCUGAGUUGUUCGACUUAACUUGAUCGGAUUCUGUAUAACCGACUGGAAGAGGCAUAAAGUUUAUGAGAGUCAGAUACUAUCUUUUACUAGAGUUCAGGUCUUUUAAAAUAUCAGCAAGAUUCGAUUUCUGUACAGAGGAGACAAUGGAAUUGUGUCAUUUGAUUCUGAUUGGCGUGUCCAUAGUUACUGCGUGGUUUAAAAUCAGGAGAAACAGUUUUAUUAUUCCAUCUCUAAAAAUAAAUUGGGCUGAGUUAUGUGGUAGUAAUGUUAGGUGUUAGUGAGUAUAGUCUGUGUUUAGUGUGUGACGUAGUGUGGUAGAAGUUUUCACACAACCACCCUGCCGGUGCCCCUGGCACACAGCAAAAACAGACGGAAACAAAAUCCAAACGUUUUUGCUCCGUUAUUAAGAUAUGAAAUAAAAACAACCGUUUCUGAAAAAUUGUACACGUUAUUAUGAGUCGUGCUAAGACGAGUUUUAAGUAUUUGUAUUUGUAGAUGUCCCAAGUCGAAAUAAAGCUACAGAAAAAAACGAAACUUUUGUCACAGCGUUUCCCUCAUUUGAAGAAAGAAAAGUCCACAGGCUGGUUUCUCUGUCUAUCUCCUGUGUUGAAAACAGCUCCCCCUAGCUGCAAAACUGUAUCACUGCAGCAGCGGGGGAUGGUUUUAAACAGUUUGAACUGGUUUUGCUGUCUGGCAGGGGCACACCUGACCCAGAUGUAGCACCUGUGCUAGGUGCCCACCUGUGCUAGGUUCUCACCUGUGCUAGGUACUCGCCUAGCCACCUGUGCUAGGUGCUAACCUGUGCAAGGUGUUCACCUGUGCUGGGUACUUACCUGUGCUAGGUGCUAACCUGUGCUACAUGUAGGUGCCUACCUGUGCUAGGUGCUCACCUAGCCACCUAUGCUAGGUGUUUACCUGUGCUAGGUGUUUACCUAGCUACCUGUGCUAGGUGCUUACUUGGCCAAAAUGUAGCAGGGCUUCACCUGUUGCACCUGCAACAUGGGCCCACUUGUUACAAAAGGCUACCCUUAGUCACCUGCCAGGUACGAGUCACCUGUGCAGGUGUUGACAGCUGUGUCGGGUGUUCCAGGACAGUUUUGUAAAUACUUGCGGUACAUCCUUUACUCUGAUUCACUAUGGCAAUAAGUAACAAACAGUAACUGAAUGGACUUAUCCUCUGAAGACUGAAUAAAAACAACCAUGUUUGGUGA